GCCGGGGCGGACUCAGGGUGAGUGACAGCUCGGGAGCUGCUGUGAAGACCGGGAGCUGGAAACUUUCUGUGGGGAGGUUCCAUUAAACCAACCGCUUGAUCUCCAGGAUGCCAUCAACUUGGGUACAUGCUUUUGGUUUCACUGUAUUACCUCACACAGCUGCAAUUUUUGAUCGGUCAUAUCAGGAAGAAAUUACUGGCUGGUAUGCAUGUCUCAAAAAGCCAUCUUGGUGUCCACCCAACUGGGUGUUUGGUCCUGUGUGGGUAACAUUAUACACAGGCAUAGGUUAUGGCUCUUAUCUGGUGUGGAAAGAACUGGGUGGAUUCACUGACAAGGCAUUGGUUCCACUUGGUUUAUAUGGAACCCAACUUGCUUUCAACUGGGCAUGGACUCCAAUUUUCUUUAAGAAACACAAAAUAGGAUUGGCUUUUAUUGACUUGCUUUGUGUUUACGGGACAGCGGCAGCUACAACUGUGGCUUGGUAUCCCAUCAGCAAAGCCGCUGCCUACCUGAUGGCUCCGUAGCUGGCCUGGUUGACCUUGGCUGCAACACUCAACUACCGCAUCUGGAGAGACAACAAGGGGAAGGAAGAUUAGGUUGUUCAUCACUCUGCAACGUUGAAUUUUGUAAAUGGAAGGAAGAACUUUGUACUCCUGCUUUUCAUGUGUGGAGAGUUUUUAAUAUUCAUGCUUAUAAUUCCUACUGACCUCUCAUUUGUAUUAGGUGUUUUAUUGAAAUGCUAAUAAUUAAAAUUUCUAUAUUGAGAUUCUUCUGUUAAUAC